UUAAAAACUUAAUUACCUGUUAUCUAAUAAAUCGUGGUAAAUCAUAAUGAAACUCAUGUGCCUCAUACAUAGUUGUGAUUUUAAACAAAACUUUUAUUAAUCAUUUUGUGUAAUAAAAUUGUUGAUAUUAUCUUUACUUUUAUCGUUGAAAAACACUAAAAAUGGGUUCCUGGCCAGAGAAUGUGGGUAUUGUUACAAUGGAAAUGAUAUUUCCAUCAUACUAUGUUGACCAAACAGAACUGGAAGUUUUUGAUGGUGUAUCAGCAGGAAAGUAUACCAUUGGCUUGGGACAGGAUAAAAUGGGGUUUUGCACUGAUCGAGAAGACAUAAACUCACUGUGUUUGACUGUUGUUCAUAAUUUAAUGGAGAAACAUCACUUGAAGUAUUCUGAUAUUGGACGUUUAGAAGUAGGCACAGAGACAGUUAUUGACAAGUCAAAAAGUGUAAAAACAGUGCUGAUGCAACUUUUUGAACCUCAUGGUGUUGUAGACUUGGAGGGUGUUGACAGUACUAAUGCUUGCUAUGGGGGCACUGCAGCCCUAUUCAAUGCCUUGUCUUGGGUAGAAUCUUCAGCUUGGAAUGGAAGGUAUGCCCUUGUUGUUACAGCAGACAUUGCAGUAUAUGCCAAAGGAUCAGCAAGACCUACAGGAGGAGCAGGGGCAGUGGCAAUGUUGAUUGGUCCAAAUGCACCACUGGUUAUUGAUAGGGGUUUAAGAGCUAUUUAUAUGAGACAUGCUUAUGAUUUUUACAAACCAAACUUGUCAUCAGAGUAUCCUGUUGUAGAUGGUAAACUUUCCAUCCAGUGCUAUUUGAAUGCCCUGGAUAAAUGUUACCAAAGCUACUGUAAAAAGGCAAGUAAACAGCAGGGGAGAUCUAUUUGUGUAAAAGACAUAGACUAUUUCCUUUUUCAUUCUCCUUAUUGUAAACUUGUCCAAAAGUCAUUGUCUCGACUGGUACUGAAUGAUAUUGUACAGCUAAGCACUAAUAAAGUUGAAUUAGAGUAUCCUGACUUAAAGAAGUACAAAGAUAAGAAGCUUGAGGAGUGCUAUUUUGAUAAAGAAAUUGAAAAGGUUUUUGUCAAUUAUAGCAAUGAUUUAUUUGAAAAAAAGACCAAAGCAUCCUUGCUAGCAGCUAAUCAAAUUGGAAACAUGUACACAGCUUCAUUGUAUGGCAGUCUAGUUUCUCUUUUAGUAGGAGUCAACAGUGUAGAAGAUUUACUGGGAAAAAGGGUUGUAUUAUUUUCUUAUGGGUCUGGUUUGGCCUCUUCUAUGUAUUCCAUCACAAUUUCCAGCAAUAAAGAAGACAUUAGUAAACUAGUAAAAAGCUUAAAACAUGUACAAUUACAAUUAAAGGAGAGAAGGAAAGUUAGUCCUGAGAAAUUUUCAUCUAUUUUGGAAUUGCGAGAGAAAAAUUGUCACGCAGCUCCUUAUGAACCAUCGGGUACUACAGAAGAUCUGUUUCCUGGCACCUACUACCUCAUCCAAGUCGACGAAAUGCACAGAAGGAAGUACCAAAGAAUACCAGCUUAUGUAAAUGGAUCCACAUAGAAAAUUAAUUGAAAACUUUGCAAUUUUGUAGUCAAUUUUUAAAAUUAACAUUUUAUUAGCAAUAUUUGUUUAGUAAAUAAUUUUUUAGGCGUACUAACAACACAGA